UUGGGUAUAAUGCUGACGACGGUCAGGUCAGUGGUGGCAUCCACGAGGGCCAUCCAGACAGCUCUGCUGGUGGUGUCGGGCCUUCAGCUGACGGGGUACAUGUGGCCUCCUUCUGUUCAAGUCACCAAUAGAGACACCUAUGACUUCGUCAUCGUAGGCGCGGGGUCGGCUGGUUGCGUCGUCGCAAAUAGACUGUCGGAGGACCCUCACCUCAAAGUCCUUCUGAUUGAGGCCGGAGGGGACCCUCCUCUUCAAUCUGUUCUUCCAGGCUUGCUAACGACUCUGCAGAACUCAGUAGUCGACUACAACUUCACUUCUGAGAACGACGGAUAUUCAGCACAAAACCUGAAGAACGGAGUCGUCGGGUUGUCAACAGGAAAAAUGCUCGGAGGCACCAGCAGUCUGAACCACAUGCUGCACGUCCGAGGCAACCCUCACGACUACGCGAGAUGGGUCACAGCAUCCAAGGACGAAGCCUGGAGCUACUGGAAUUUACUUCCAUACUUCAUCAGAAGCGAAAAAUUCGAAGACCAAGGAAUUCUGGAAACUUCUAGCGCUCGAUAUGUAGGAACAAGCGGCUACUUGAAGAUAUCUAGACAAACGAGCGAAGAUAAUGCGCCAAUUUUUGCCGCAUUCCACGAAAUGGGACUUGAUGUCGUUGCAAAUUCCAACGAUCCAUUUUUCACGGUCGGUGUGUCUGAACCGAUGCUGAAUAUCGCUGAUGGCGUUCGCCAGAGUGGGGCCGAAGCGUACUUACGACCUAUUGCCCAUCGCCCCAAUUUCUAUCUCCUAAAAAAUACACAAGUCACCAAGAUUCUGUUUGAUGAAAAGAAAAACGCUAUUGGAGUGACAGCUGUCAACAACGGAAAAGCGAUCACCAUCCAUGCUAAUCAUGAAGUAAUUUUAACAGCUGGAGCAUUGAUCACUCCUCAGCUGCUCAUGUUGUCAGGAGUAGGUCCAAAAGAGCAUCUGUCUUCAUUCAACAUUCCGGUUGUCUCAGACCUGCCAGUAGGUCAAAACCUGCAAGAUCACAUCCCAGCUAUGGUCGUUCAUUCUCUGAAACCUGGUAAACCUGAUAAGACCCCGCCUAAUCCUACACGAUUCCCAUUUCCAAUUACCACUGCGUAUACAGCGAUUAACAUGCACCAAACUUUCCCUGAUUAUCAAGUGAUUAAUGCAAUCGUCUCUCCUGAAGCAACUUCUUUAAUUGAGUUCUGUUCCCUCGCAUUUUUCUAUAAAGAUGAGAUCUGCCAAAACUUUUUUGAUGGUGGACGCGGCAAAUAUACUUUACUGACCCUUCUCAAUAUAAUGUAUGCAGAAUCUCGAGGUGAAGUCCUGCUGCGUAGCACGAACAUAACUGAUCCCCCUAUAGUCAAACUUGGGACGUACUCAAACCAGAAUGACCUGCACAACAUGGCUCUGUACCUCAAAGACUUUUCUAGGAUUGUCAACACCACCAGUUUUAAGCAUAUGGGAGCAGCAUUGAUUGACUUGGAUCUAUCCAAGUGUAAGCAUUUGCCGAGAGAUUCUUACGAAUAUUGGAAGUGCUAUGCUUUAAGCAUGUCAUCGACCAUGUGGCAUUACAGCGGCACCAGUUCUAUGGGGCUAGUUCUGGAUAGCCAUUUGCUGGUCAAAGGAGUACAGAGACUGAGGGUGGCGGAUGCUAGCGCCAUGCCCAACCCCAUCAGUGGGAAUAUAAAUGCUGCCGUGGUGGUCUUAGCUGAGAAGGCAGCCGAUUUGGUUAAAGAAGAUUUGCAACCUCGACUUUUUUAUCCAUACCAAAACUAUUUAUGGUAAAUCCUACUAAUAUUAUAAAUGCGAAAGUUUGGAUGUUUGGAUGUUUGUUACUCUUUCACGCAAAAAACUACUGAACGGAUUUUGAUGAAACUUUACACUAUUAUUGUUUAUAACCCAGAAU